AUGUGGUAUCAUGAACCUCUCCACCUCGCUCGCGCAAAUGAGCUGCGACAAGACCCUCCCAAAGGCACUCCGUACUCAGUCGCAGUGCCUGGAACAGAACAACCUGGCCGGAGUAAGGUCUACAGGGCUUGGAAUUCGAUGGAAGGCAUCAUGAAGUCGCUGGACCCGCAAGUUCUCACCGCGCAUGAGGUCUUCGAGUCCACCGCAAACCGAUUGCCGAAGAACCACUGCCUGGGUUGGCGCCCAUACGAUCCCACGACCAAAUCCUACGGCCCUUAUCAAUGGAUGGACUACCAGACGGUUCAAAAGCGACGGGCUGCAUUUGGCGCUGGUCUAGUGGAACUACAUCACAAACACGAAUGUAGUCGUCCUGGUCAGUAUGGCAUUGGGCUAUGGUGUCAGAAUCGCCCGGAGUGGCAGUUAACUGAUCUCGCAUGCAUGUCACAAAGCUUGUUUUCAGUCUCCAUCUACGAUGUUCUUUCCCCAGAUGCGACAGAAUACAUCAUCAACCACGCGGAUCUGCACUGCGUCGUGACCUCGUUGCCACAUAUUCCCACAUUGCUCAAGUUGAAGCCCCAGUUGCCCAAGCUGAAGAUCAUAGUCAGCUUGGAUCCCCUGGACGGGGGUGAACAGACUGGCCACUCGAAGCGCGCCCUUCUCGAGUCAGUGGCUGCUGGGCAAGAUGUAUCCAUCUACACGAUGGACCAGGUCGAAGAGCUGGGCGCUUCGGCGAAUCGCCCUUGUAAAUCUCCAUCGCCCUCUGACACCAUCACUAUCAACUAUACGUCUGGUACCACCGGCCCUCCGAAGGGUGUAGUCCUGACACAUGAGAACGCUGUGGCGGCCUCUUCAGCCGCACUCAUGAUCAUCACGCAAACCCCUGGUGAUACGUUGGCAUCCUACCUUCCGCUUGCCCACAUCUACGCGCGGAUGGCCGAACAUGCAGCCUUUUGGGCGGGGGCUCGGAUCGGAUAUUUCCACGGAAACAUCCUAGAGCUGGUCGAUGAUCUGAAGCUGCUCAAGCCGACCGGGUUCAUGUCUGUUCCGCGCCUUUACACCCGAUUUGGUAAUGCCAUUCGUGCCUCAACCAUUGAGCAGCCUGGCUUCAGGGGUGCGCUGUCAAGACAUGUUGUCUCCACCAAGACCGCGAACUUGAAGAACCCUGACCCUAGCAAGGCCACUGCGAAGCAUGCCCUGUAUGAUCGCAUCUGGGCCAAAAAGGUUGCGGCUGCUAUUGGCUUGGAGCGUACGAAAAUGAUGGUCUCCGGUUCGGCGCCUCUGGAUCCUUCACUUCAUCAAUUUCUCCGGGUUGCUCUUGGCGUGGACCUCAUUCAAGGCUAUGGUUUGACUGAGACAUAUGCCAUGGCGUGCGCUCAGUCCCUUACGGACUUGACCGCUGGUAACUGUGGUCGGUUAGUUCCUUGCACGGAAGCUUGCUUGAUGUCUCUGCCUGAUAUGGAAUACUCCGUUGAUGACAAGCCGUACCCUCGGGGCGAAUUGCUUUUGCGAGGUUCGAACGUUUUUCGUGAGUAUUUCAAGGAUCCUGAGGAGACAGCCAAGGCGAUGACCGAAGACGGAUGGUUCCGAACCGGUGAUGUCUGCACCAUUGAUGACAUGGGUCGUAUUAUUAUCAUUGAUCGCCGGAAGAAUGUGAUGAAGCUGGCACAGGGAGAAUAUAUCUCUCCGGAACGGUUGGAGGGCGUUUAUAUGUCGGAGAUGGGCUAUUUUGCCCAGGGCUAUGUCCAUGGUGAUAGCGUCCAGACUUUCCUGGUGGCUAUCUUCGGCGUCCAGCCUGAUACUUUCGCUGCCUUUGCCAGCAAGGUACUCGGUCGGACCAUCGAUGCUACAGACAUUGAGGGCAUUGGAUCGAUUCUUGACGACACCAAAAUUCGUAAAGCAGUUUUGAAAGAUCUCGAUCGGGUCGCAAAAAAGCACAAACUUGCAGGAUACGAGAAAGUCAAGAACUGCGCAUUGAUGAUUGACCCAUUCACGAUUGAGAAUAAUUUGCUGACACCGACCCUGAAGUUGAAGCGUCCGCCAACCACGAAGAAGUAUCGUCAGCUCUUGGAUGAGCUUUACGCCCAGGCGUUGGCCGAAGAGUCUGCUCCUAAGGCUAAGCUAUGA